AUGCCUCUCCCAGUGUCAAGUUAUGUUCCCGCCAUCACCAAUCCAUUAACUAUAUACAGAUCGUUGCUGGCCACCAAACGAAUAGAGCCCGAUCCAUCUCAGUAUAGACUUGCUAUUCAUCUUCAAAAUCUCUAUUUCCGCCUCAUUGACUACUCUCCGCACCUUGAAUACUCUCAGCGGCUGAAGGAUCUAAGCCGGCUAGUUAGAAAUCCCACGCAAAAUGAUGAAAACACUCAUGUAGCAGCUUUAGGACACCCACUGAGACAGAAUCCCUUAUUCGCCCGCCUAUUUUCCAAGAAUGUGCGCCGAGAAUCACUUGCCCUGACCCGUGUGCUCACAAGCUACGAAUCGGCUAUAAGUCUUUCCUCACCACAAGGACUACUUGUACACGGUGAAGUAGGAAGUGGGAAGUCAAUGUUAGUCGACAUACUGGCUGACGGUCUUCCAAAUGAAAAGAAGAAAAAAUGGCACUUCAACACCUUUAUGUUAGAAACCUUAGCACAACUAGAAGAUUAUCGUCGUAUGCGUCAAGAAGCAAGUGUAGAAGAUAGUGUUUCGGAAUAUCCAAUUUUGUGGUUAGCAAAAGAACUGAUCGAGAAGUCGCCUAUAAUAUUUUUUGAUGAAUUUCAGCUUCCUGACAAGGCAGCCAGCAAAAUUUUGAGUCAACUUAUGACAGUUUUCUUCCAACUAGGGGGUGUUCUCAUUGCAACCUCCAAUCGAAUGCCCGAAGAACUGUCAAAGGCUAGUGGCCUAGACUUUGCCAAGCUACCGAAGCGUAGUAUGGUCGGAAGCACGCUUGGCUUGGAAAGAAAACAUACCUUCGAUACAAGUCCAUCAAAUAAUGAGUACGCAGGCUUCGUAGAAGUACUCAAAGCCAGGUGCGAGAUAUGGAAUAUGGAGGGAGAACGGGAUUGGAGAAGAAGAGACUAUAAAGAAAUAAAACCUAAAGUAGAAACCGAUCAUCUACCAAGAAGGUCCACCUCUGACCCAGAGAAAAUUUCUAAAAAUGCGGCGAAUGUCAACUUGACGAAUGAUGAACCUGGAGAUUAUUGUCCAAGGCUUCCUGAGAUGUACUUUGUGAGGUCUGUUGAAAACGACGCAGCUUGGGAUUCUGUUAUCAAGUCAGUUUUAUCUUCUAACCCCACAAAUCCGAGCAAAUGGAUACCAAAAAAACUGUUAGUUUAUGCUAGAGAAGUUAUCGUUCCCCGCCAUUCCGAUAAAGUUGCUUACUGGCUUUUUUCUGAACUAUGCCAGGGAUUCCUUGGUCCAGCAGAUUAUAUUACACUAGCCUCGAAUUUUCACACAUUUAUUCUCGAUGAAGUUCCCAUCAUGACCUUGAUCCAGAAAAAUGAAGCAAGACGUCUCAUAACUCUCCUUGAUGCCUUAUAUGAGGCUCGUUGUAAGCUUAUUCUGCGUGCCGAGGCUGGGCCAGAUGAUAUCUUUUUUCCCGAAAUUUCCACACCAGCUUUGAAAGCCUCAGAACACGGGGAAAAUGAUAUGGGCGACGCAGUUUACCUUGAGACUAUUUCUGAAAUCUACCAAGACAAAACUUCACCCUUUAGACCUAAUAUCUCUGCCUACACCGACAAUCCUGAGUCGAGUUUUGAACAAACAGAAAGCGCCGCAUCCAGCCAGAGAAUUGAAAAGGGACAUGUAAUCAAUCAUCAAGUGGAUUUCGGGCGGGUGAGCGCAUUCACGGGUGAAGAUGAGCGCUUUAUCUAUAAGCGUGCUCGGAGUCGAUUAUGGGAGAUGUGUGGCUCGAGAUGGCAUGCAAGGUCUGAUCCCAAUUGGUGGCGACCUCUCCCGGCUGAAGUACGAAGAUGGGAGCGCUCCAAUCCGCUUGGCACAACUCAAACAGACGUACGAUUUACGGGCUCCGACGUCAUGAUCGGGGACUUUAUCGAACUAGAUAAACCAGCCGGUCUUCAAGGCCUGAAAAACGAGGAGGAUAUGUUAACGACUAAAGGUUCAUGUAAAACUAAAUGUAAAAAAUGA